CCUACUUUUGACCUAUUCCUACCAAUUAAAGGUUGGGUUGUAACCCCACCCAAAGACCACUUGUUCAUACGGGAAUGUCCCGCUUAUCUGGUAGACACAUGUUUGGAAGAGUUCCAAGGGAGCGUAUUGGAAGAAGGCUGUAAAGCAUAUUACGCUCCAAUCAAAGCGGACGACAGUGACAUACGAUACCGCAACCCGCACUGUGCAAUGUGCAAUGGGAAGUCUCCGAUAGCCGAGAGUUCAUGUAAUGAUCAGACAUGCCAAGACUUUUGCGAUCCCUGGCCCUGGGGAGGUUGUUCUUCCAUCUGUGGUCCUAUUGAUAAAAUUUUUACAAUUGAGGUUUUCUUCGAAUUCGCCUCGUCCUCAUCUGCCAGUGGAAUGUCUUGCUCUGAGCGUCAGAUCUAUGACCCGUUCCUGGGUAGGUGUCGCGUUCUGACGUGUGCAGCCGGUUUUCAAAUUGCAGGGGAUGAGUGUGUUAUCGAAGAUCGGGUUUCCGAUACCCCAAUGAGUAACACCAUUAAUUGUUUGUCAGAAACCCUUGGAAUUGGCACGUCGAGUGUGUUUACCUCGGAACAUCAGCAUGAGGCACCUGACCCAAAUGCCACCGCCCAGAGUCUAUAUAUUGUAAUGCUUUCAGCCACAUAUAUUUCUGACUUCGAGCUUGCCUUUGACAAAGCCGUUGAAGCUAUUGGAUUCGAUCCUCACGAAUCACCGUUACUUUGCAAUAUUUCCCAAGUGUCGCUUCUUUUACCAUUCGCCUUAAACAUUUCAAACCAUUGUAUUAACAGCACAGUAGACGGGAGUAAACUUAUCCCAGUCCAUAAUGACACAUUGAUGAAGGUUCUAGAGUAUAAUGCCAACCCUAUUGAUCAGAAGUACUCUAAACUGAAGGCGUCCCUUAUUUGCUUGAAAAUCCUUGAUUUGAACUGCUCAUCCUUGCUGUUCCUUGAUCACCUCGAAUACCACAUAGUAUCGAAUAGUACAAUUAAGAUUGCUGCUUCCGGCUCAUGGCUAUCGGAUGGCGAAUAUGUGCUCUUUCCCGACGGCAUAGCAGUUGUUUGCUCUUUUAUUGGACCGACGCCAGAGGGUUUGGAGCCAUACAUCCGUCGUGUGAUCUCGUUCGUUGGCAGUUGUUUGUCCCUGUUUGCUCUAGCCGCCACAUUCGUGACGUACUGCGUCUUUUCUGAGCUCCGGAGCCUUGCAGGCAAAUUGGUCAUGAACCUGACGGUGGCACUAUUCACGGCCAUUUUGAUGUUCCUGGUGCCCGGCUACCUGGCUUGGAAUCCAACGGCUUGCGUGCUCGGGGCGGUGCUAGCGCACUUCGCCUGGUUAGCCGCUUUCACCUUCAUGACUGUGAUUGCGGUCAACGUCGAGCGCUCCCUGACGUCGCUGAUACAGAGAAAGGAGUUGUCAUCAGGUGUUAACUGGACGCUGGUGGCCUACAUGACUUUGGCCUGGGGCAUGCCUUUUGCUAUCGUUGUCAUCUGCUUGGUUCUCCAGUACUGUGACUGCACCAGUCUGCCCGUGAUCUACUCGGAGGGUGCUGUUUGCUGGAUCACUGACGCCACCGUGCGUCUGGUCGUCUUUGUUGUGCCAGUUGGGAUUAGUCUUGUUUCCAGCACCAGCUUGUAUGUUGUCACGGUGGUUAGACUCAGACAGAGAAGGCGCGCCACACAGAUCGUUCGGAGGCAAGGGAGGAUUGAAGGCGCCACAAAGGAGGUCGCCAUCUAUUCCAAGCUGUGCACUCUCAUUGGCGUGACCUGGCUAUUUGGCUUCGUAUCUCAGUCAGUAACGGGCAUCCUGGCCUUCUCCUACAUCUACAUCAUCCUCAAUUACCUCCAAGGUGUCUUCAUAUUCAUCGCCUUCUGCCUCAACAAGAGGGUCCGAGGUCUGUGGAAGGAGAAGUUGGAAGGACCAAAAGAGAAGCCGAAAAAAGGAGCUCCGUCCGCUUCCAAAAAUAACACCCACGGAUCCAACACGCCCGCGACAAUCUCCUCUGUUAGUGCACUCAAUGUACCAGAAGACACCAAGCUUUAAAAUACAAGUUCCAUACUGAUGGGACAACGUCACGGCUCAUCAUGAAAGAGACUUGCCUUUAUGGUUGAAAUGCAAAUUCAUAGGAAAAUCAAUCUGUGAAGACAAAAUUUAAUGUAAACCAUGAUUUCAUUAAAAAAGAAUAGUCAUUUGCACUGAUCACUUUGACAGUGAGAAGUUGAACGGUCAGCGAGACGAACAGCCUGAAUUAAUGGACUUGGUAUAGUCUUUGUAUGUGAAAGACGACAGCGAAAUAAUUCCAAAAAAAGUUGAAGUUGACAAAUGAAGACGGUAAUAAAAUUUAAAAGCCUUGGGUAGACCAACUUGAGUACAGUGAAAUCAAAAAAAUUGUUGAACGGAUAUUGUUUGUUGCUUUUAGAUUAUCCUAAUUUAUCUGAAUAAAAAAAUAUCAGCCUACCUGACCUCAAUUUCCGAGGUCCAUUUGGCAAAACGCUUUUUCUUCAAAGUGAAGACGAGUUAAAUGUAUCUGAGUGAUUGGCUUGGGUAGGGUGAUCUUUUCCCUGAGGGUGAUACGGUUUCAAUGGAUGUAUAAUUAUCCUGAUGGAUUAUAGUGCGAACCCAUUCUGCCUGCUUAGUUUCAAGAUGUCUGUAUGCAUGCAUGCAUGCUUCAAUCAGAACUCAGCGUUAAUGCAACUUGAAAAGACUUUUAGCAGUAACAAAGUGAUGAAAACUAAAAUUUCUUGUUUAUAUUCAUGCCAGUAAAUAAUUGAUUAAUUGUAAAAAAAUCUCCGCUUAUGUCGCAUUUCGUUCACUAAGUGUAUAGCGCAGUAUAUGCAUAUUUUAUUUCGAAAAAUUGCUCUAUGAAAACGAUAGGUAAAGUGGAUGCCUUAUUUGGACAUGAUCGGUGUGGCUACGGUAUUUACGUAUUACUUUUGUUUAUUUUCUUCAUUUUCAAAGGAACUGAAUUUGCAUUGUGUGUGGCUUUAUUAGAGCGUCUGGAGUUAUUUCUAUGAUUCUCAUUUUUUAAUUGAAGGAAGGUUUGGUCUGUCGAUGAAAAGGUGGGUAAGAUACUAAUUGCUUUCCUUUGGAAAUACCUCAGUUUAUUUUUCCUCCAAGUAUGAAAUUCAAGACAGGGUCGGAGGCUUCAUAAAGGUUUUUCCUUGGCCGGUGCCAAAAAUAAGAAUCAUAUGAGAACUGUAGAAUUAACUACGGACGUUCUUAUGUAAAAAAAACUAUGUAAUUUAAAAUGAUACCAAUCUACUUUCUCAUUUGUUUUUAACUGGUGGAAUUUUUGCAGAAGCACUUAUCAAAAAAAAAGUUGGUUGUUUUUACCUAGCUCAAUAUACCGUCAAAAAUCUGGCCUGUCUUGUGAUGCAUGUACAUUGUACAUGAUACAUUUGGAGUGUUUACACUUCUAUAGAUGAUGACAAGGUGCCUGUAGGAUCAUUGAGCUAGCCCUAUGGUAGGGGGAGAUGGGAACUUGAUUGACUUGCCAAAUGUACAGGUAGAUGUGUAAUUGUGUAAAUAUGCAGGUAUGUGUUCCAUACUGGAAAUGUAGGCCUAAGAGGAGUUUAAUGUUAGUGUUUACGUUGAACUUUAUUGACCAUUAA